CGAAAAGCUUUUGGUUAGUGGAGCACUAGUAGUCUUCGUCUGAGAGAGAGAGAGAGAGAGGUUUGGGGGGUAGGUGUUGUUGGGGGAGUCGUCGAGAUGGAGAAAGAGGGCGGAGUGAAGGCGGCGGCGGAGGCGGAGGCGGAGGCGGAGGGGGAGAUCGUGGCGGCGCCGGCGGAGAAGGUGGCGUGCUUCAAGAAGACGGCGGGGGAGGAGGCGGACGCGACGUUCAUGGAGCGCGUCAAGGACUACUAUAACCAGCUCAAGGAGAGCUCCGCCGAGAAGCACUGGAUCUGCAUCAAGGACAAGUUCCGCGCCGCCGGCGAGUACGUCUCACAGAAGAGCAGCUCGGUGUUCGGCAAGAAGAAGGUCGAGCCCGUGGUCAAGGAUGCUGCAGUUCCAGGGGAGGCGAGUUCGGUGACAGUCGAGUCUCAGUGAGGGGGGGCUAGCUUCUGAUCAGUACCAACUUUGAUGAGACAAGUGUAAAUCCUCUUAGGUGCUCAACGGUGGAACUUGAAUUGUGAGGUCUUAUCGAUCAGCGAGUAGUUUUUUUGCUAUGUCAUCUUGUUCGUAGAUUCUAGUAGGAAGAGUAGUUUGGACAUGGUUGGCUGAGUGGUUACUACUGCUGUGAUCUCCGGAUGUUUCUACCUGAAAAAAUAUGUGAACCUUGAAUCUGCUUGGUAGCAUCUAUGAUCAAUCUGCAGUGCAGCUGGUUAAAUUCGUGCCGCUGCUAUUCUGAUAUAGACAUAUAGUUAUAUGA